CGAUAAUAACGACGCAAAUACAAUCAGAAAGUAGUGUUCAUUUAACGAAGUUUUAAGACGUUAAAUUCCUAUUGUCAAUCAGGAAACGGUUACGCAGAAAAGGACUCGAAAAAAAUAAUCCCUUCACCCUUCGCCAUACGCUUACUUGCAGUCCCCUGUAGUCUGAAGUUUUCUUUUAACAAACUUGACCAUUUUUUUUCACUAACCCAUCAAUAUUGGCGGUUCAUUGUGCCAAAUCGGUGGAACAAAGAAAGCUAAUUGGAGCAAGGUACUUCAACAAAGGCUAUGCCGCAGUUGCUGGUUCACUAAACUCCUCCUUUGACACACCACGCGAUAAUGAUGGCCAUGGAUCUCAUACUUUAUCAACGGCUGGUGGUAAUUUCGUUGCCGGGGCUAGUAUCUACGGCUUCGGCCAAGGAACAGCAAAGGGAGGAUCACCAAAAGCUCGGGUAGCAGCUUACAAGGUGUGCUGGCCUCCGGUGGGUGGAAAUGAAUGCUUUGAUGCAGACAUAGUUGCAGCCUUCGAUAUGGCCAUCCAUGAUGGCAUUGAUGUUCUGUCCAUAUCACUGGGAGGGCAGCCCACGCCCUUCUUUAAUGUCAGCGUAGCAAUUGGCUCCUUCCAUGCUGUUAAGCACGGUAUUGUGGUGGUUUGCUCCGCUGGAAAUUCUGGGCCUAAAGAUGGGACUGUCUCCAAUGUUGCGCCCUGGCAGAUAACAGUGGGAGCCAGCACCAUGGACAGGCAGUUCCGCAGUAAUGUUAUCCUCGGCAACAACAUGCGCUUGGAGGGAGAGAGUUUAUCAUCUACAGUCUUGGGAAGCAAAAAUUUCUACCCGCUUGUUAGCGCUGCAGAUACCAAAGCAGCAAAUGCAUCAGCUGAAGAUGCGUAAGUACAGAACAAUUCAACCUCUUGGUAGUUCAAUGUGCUAUGCAAUAGUGUACGUCAAUGUAACACAACUCAGAAAAUGAAAAAGAUAAUAC